AUGGAUUGGAAGGUGUUGCUGCUUCUGCUGUUGUAUUACAAUGCCCAGGCUACAGUGGCCCACAGGUGGAGCAGGGCUGUGCUCUUCCCUGCUGCCCAUCGACCGAAGAGGUCUUCAUCACUACCAUUGAACCCAGUCCUGCAGACCUCCCUAGAGGAGGUGGAACUACUCUAUGAGUUCCUGCUGGCUGAACUUGAGAUCAGCUCUGACCUGAAGAUUUCCAUCAGGGAUGAGGAGCUAGACUCCUUGCGGAAGGCCUCGAACUUCCACACCAUCUGCAAUGAUGUGAUUCCCAAGCGCAUCCCGGACAUCCGCCGUCUGAGUGCCAGCCUGUCCAGCCGCCCUGGCAUCCUCAAGAAAGAAGACUUUGAAAGGACAGUGCUGACCCUGGCCUAUGCGGCCUACCGCACAGCCCUGUCCCAAGGGUAUCAGAAGGACAUCUGGGCCCAGUCCCUCGUUAGCCUUUUUCAGGCCUUGAGGCAUGACCUGAUGCGGUCCUCAGGCCCUGCAGUGUCUCCCUGA